GUAUUGGAUGGUUCACAACACACAGGCUGCCCCUUUCCCACCGCGGUCGGUUGCUAGUGGGCCGGGUACAAAGUGUAGCUUUCUUUCUUAGUAUGUCUGGCGUGUUUUGUUACUACUAGAACAGGCUAAAGUUAUCCUUUCCGUUCUAUGUCGCCCCUGCGCAUUCGCUGGAAGAGGGCAAGCUUUGCACGCAAAAGGAAAUAGAAACAGGAAUUGUUGCUUGAGACCAGUUAAGCUAGCUAGCGAAUUCGCUGUCUAGCUCGCUAAAUUAUCGUUGCCUCGCUAUUUUACUCCAACAGGAGACGCGAGUUGGAUAGCGUCAUCCAAACAUUUAUUUUUGUAGUGAAUGUAAAUUGGUUAGAUUACCACCAGUUGUGCCAGUUUUACAUUUAUUGUUAUACUAGAGCUAAGCAGACAUGUCGGAAUUUCUCGAAGAUCCAUCGAUUCUCACUAAGGAUAAACUGAAGAGUGAGCUGUUGGCGAACAAUGUGUCUCUGCCGAGCGGCGAGCACAAGAAAGACGUUUAUGUGCAGCUGUACCGCAAGACCCUGACCGUGCAGAACAAGAAGAAAAGCGCCCCGGACGCCUUCUCCAGCGACGAAGAGUUACCUCCGCCGGUGGUCUCUAAUAAAAGUCGUUCAGGAAGGAAAGCCACUAGGAAGACGGACAAGCCUCCAGCGGAUGAAGUGGACGUUGCUGACCUAACUGACGAGAGCUUGAAGGAACAGCUCCAGAAGUAUGGAGUCAGUGUAGGACCCAUUGUCGCCUCCACCCGCAAGCUGUAUGAAAGAAAGCUGCAGAAGCUGAUGGAGCAGGGCCCCCCCGAGGCUGCACCCCCACCCGCUGCCCCUGCAAAGAUCGGAAGCAACCAGAACGGCAACACAGACUCCGACCAGUACAGUGACAAGGAGGAAGAGGAGAGGGCGGUGCCUGAACCAGAACCUGAGCCAGAACCUGAACCAGAACCAGAGCCAGUUCCUGUUGUGGAGAAACCUGUGAGAAGCAGAGGGAAAACCCCCCAGCGCACCCGCCGUCAGGACCACAACCGAGAGGAGGAGGAGCAGGAGGAGCAGGCAGAAGAUCAUCAUGUCCUGAAUGUGAAGAGAAGGCCGAGGCGCUCCUCCCUGCGGCUGGACCAGAGGGUCCCCGCCAGCAACAAUGCCCAGGAUGUUCCUGAUGUUCCCGCCCCCAGGCCAGUUACUCCCGCCCCCAAGCAAGUUACUCCCGCCCCCAAACCAGUUACUCCCACCCCCAGGCCUGUUACUCCCACCCCACAGGGAAAGGGCUCUAGACUUGCCAAAGAAGUGGGGGCACUGCAGGAGCCAAAAAGUCUGUUGGUGAUCAAGCCUUCAGAGCUGUCCCCCUUGCCUAAUUUUGAGGGGGUGGAUUUGCGCUCCCCUUCACCUCAUUUUGCCCACGUCCCCUCAACCAGAGGCGUCCAGGAGCAGCCAUCUUUACAACGGCCAGCUCAGGUGGAACCUCUGUCACCUGUAAUCAAUCGGGCGGAGCUCUCUUCCCUUUACCAGCCACUGCUGCAGCAGGAUGUUCCUGAUGUUCCCGCCCCCAGGCCAGUUACUCCCGCCCCCAGGCUAGUUACUCCCACCCCCAAGCCAGUUACUCCCGCCCCACAGGGAAACGGCUUUAGACUUGCUAAAGAGGAGUCCAUGGGGGCACAGUGGGAGCCUAAAAGUCUGUUGGUAAUCAAGCCUUCAGAGCCGUCUCCCUUGCCUAAGUUUGAGGGGGUGAAUUUGCGCUCCCCUUCAACUCGUUUUGCCCUCGUCCCCUCAACCAGAGGCGUCCAGGAGCAGCCAUCUUUACAACGGCCAGCUCAGGUGGAAUCUCUGUCACCUGUAAUCACUCAGGAGGGCUUGGUGUCUGCAGGGCCCAGGAGCGACACCCCUUGCAGGGAGAAACUUCAGAGAAUCAUCCCCUUCCCAAGUGCGGUCACCCCAGUGAGGGGACAGGGAAGUGCCUUUCAGUGGACUGGGGUUGAAGAGAGGCUAACGGCAAGCAAUCCAGUGUCUGUGGUGGGAGAGAAGGAUUUUCUGAAGGAGAUGUUCCCCAAUGAGCCCUGCACACCCACAGGCAUCAGUGCUACCUGUCGGCGGCCAAUCCGAGGGGCAGCAGGGCGUCCCCUCACUGCGACUGACUUCUGGCUGGACGAAUCGCGGCGGCGCAGCGAGCGCAUAGAGACCAGCACCUCCUACAUCGAGAGCCGCACCACGCCGCGAGCGGCAGCCCCCCUCCUCUCCGCCUCCACCUCCUCCUCCUCCUACUCCUCCUCCUCUUUCUCCUCCUCCUCCUCGCUGGCAGCUCCCUCCGCUGGCCCGGCUCGCCCACGGCGCUCCCUGCCUGUGUGGCUGCAGCUGCUGCUGCUCAGUGCCGUGGCCGGGUUCCUCCUCUUCGUCUACCAGUCCAUGGAGACCAACCAGAUCAACCCAUUCGGCAGCUCCAAGAGUCUGGAGGGUGCUGGCCAGUAAGGAGGCCCUGACCCUGCCCCGCCCCGCCCCGCCCUGCCCUGUCAUCACCACCUCCAUGUCCUCCCAUCUCCAGUGAACUUACACGGUCUACUCCUCUCAGACAUGACCCAGCCCACCGUCACCGACCCUCGCCAGCUCCACUUCAGCUGAGGAUUAGCUAUGCCCUCUCUUCCCUUUCACAUGGAUUUCAUCUCUCCAUCUUCUCUCCUUGGCUUUUUGUCUCUCUUCUUCCUCUCAUCCCCUCAUCCUCCCUCACUAUAUAUUGGUUACACAGCCCCCACCCCAGUCCCUAGCUCCCCCCCCCCCCCCUGGCACACUUUCUCAGAUGAUGUGUAUGAGAUGUUUUCUUUCUAAAACACCCCCUCCUCCCCCAACCGAAAGAAAGUAAAAACUGGCUUCCAAAACACAUGGACCUCAUUUAUAUGACAUUCUCUUGUUUUUGCAUCUGUGAGCAUUCAUUGGAAUUCAGGAUUUUUGUCUGUGAAUGAGUAUGUACCGGCUUUGUGCUUUUUGUCUGAUGCUCUGACCCUCUUCACCCUCGUGGAAGCAAGAGGGGGGAGGUCAUUCUGCCCUUUUGGGAUCGAGUCUGAAAAUGCUGGCGGGGCAAACACACUAAUCGAGGCCCCAAGACAGAGCCACAGUGUGUCUUGGUCCUAUAAAGGCUCUGUCUACAGCCUGUGUUUCAGACAGUCUAUGUGGAAGUACCUGUGCACCUAAGAGCACUUACUCUCCCUGAAAUUUUUAAGCACACUAGAAUAUCUCAAUAUGUAGCCCAGGUACUUCUGUCUAGACUUUAAUUUAUUAACCUUUCAAUACACCAUGAUCUGCAUUUCGAUUGGGAAGUUUUAAAAUGAUUUUAAUGAUUGUGCUAAUAUCAGCGAUUGGUGAAGUUAGUAGUGUGGUCAGCGGUAGAUGGUGAGGCAGAUUCUUGUCUGUGCUCUCUGAUUAAGGCACAUUUAUGCUUUAUGUUCCGCUAUUGAAUUGUUUGCACUCCUUUCUCUUCCCCUCUCUCUUACCCCCCCAAAAUCAGUCAACUGAUCAAUACACCAAGUGCCCGGCUGAGUGACAGGUUCUACAGAACAUGGGCGAUUUGGCCCCCGGUGUCUAAUCCAGGGCAGGCUUGAUUAUGAUUACCACCCACCCCUCCUUUCCCUGGGGUCUAAUGUACGCAGCUAUAUCAUGAAUAAGAAUCAUGUUUUAAAAGUGCAAAUGGAAAAUUUCCAAAGGGUUGUUCAUAUAGAUGGUAUAUGCAUUUUUGUUGUUGUCAUUGUAGCAUUUAAACCAUGGACAAGAGUAUCAUUAUAAAUAAUGAAAAGACAAAUAGCAAGUUGCUGCCUUAAGGCAAGUAUAUCCAUUUUAAAACAACCAGAAUAUAUCCAUGUAACCUUGGGAUUCUUUGAUUUUGGACAUUUGUGCCAUAUGGAGUAGGACCGAUGUUUAGUCAUGUUUGCCUGUGAACUUUUUUUGUAACUGCAGUAUUUUUCUAAUGUGUGUCUUAAGAAAAUAAAGCAUCCAAAAUGUU